GAGAGAGCCAAAAGAUAAUGUUGUUGCCUGGCUUCUCCAAGUCCAAAGUAUUUUUCAUACUCAAAAGAUCAAUGAUGAUGCAACAAAAAUACAUUAUAUGGCCAUGGGAUUUGAGGGAGCUGCCUUCUGUUUGCCAAGUAUUUUAGCCUCCCAACUAUUAGCACUACUUUCGUCAGCAACUCAAAAAGCUACACCAGAUUGGGUGCCAGCUACUUUAGAAGAAGCUUGGAGGAAAUGGGAACUCACACCAAUGGAAUUAGAUUAUACCAGAAAUUCCUCAAGUAAUCACAAGUAUAAAAAAAAUAGACAGAAAGAAAAUUGUUUUAAGUGUGGGUUGCCAGGCCAUUAUGCAAAAAAUUGUAGAUUCAAAAAUAAAUCUAAACUUACCAAUAUAAAAGAGAAAGCAGAACCAAUACCAUAUAAUGUUACAAACAAUAGUUUGAAAUUAAUACAAGUAGAAGAAAAUCAUAAACAAUUGUUAAGAUUUUAUGACAAAAUCAAUGGUCAUCCAGCUUGGAUUCUACUAGAUAGCAGAGCUUCCUGCAAUUUCAUUAAUAAAAAUUUCAUAAUCUGCUAUAAAUUAAUUCCAAAAACUAUUUCUUUCCUUACAGUUAAAUUGGCAGACGGCUAA